GUUAUUCACACACACAAAAAGAUAAAAAAAAACCUCUGAAUCUAUAGAAACUUCUCUUCUAUUGUAGAAGCUUCCACACAGUUCAGGAAGUCAUUCACACACCCAAAUCUCUUCGCCAUCCUUCCCACCAAAACAUCUCCAACGUUCUAGAGACAACAUGAGCCUUCUUCUCCAACCUCAUAUAAAGCCCCCUCCAAUCCUUCAUCUCAAACCACAAAAGCAAGCAAACAAUUCUCUUUGUCAGCAUUUGAAACCUCAAAAAUCGCAAGCCAAUGGAGAGACAAUUCUUCAGAAGAAGCAAUCCAUGGAACAUCCCAUCCCACUAUUCCUACUACCACCCUCGCCCUCAACCCCGACCACAACCCACCAAGCCUAAGAUCAUCUCCGUCCCCGUCCAUUUCAUGAAUUCUGAUGACACACCGAUCCGCGAACCCCGGCCAAAGCCUGUUCGAGAUCCGGAGGCCGAGAGAUUGGCGGCUGUGUUGAGAAUGCAAAGGAUAACAAGAGGGUUUUUGGUGAGAAAGAACCUGAGGGCAGUGAAGAAAAUUGAGGCCGAGGUGGAGGAAAUCCGGCGGAGGAUUGAAGCGGCGCAGGAUCUGGUACGUAGAGAUGAGAAGGAACGGUUGAGAUUGAAUGAGAUGUUGAUGCGGUUGCUUUUCCGAUUGGAUUCCGUUCGGGGAGUCAGGGACUAUCGGAAGCGGAUGAUCCGGCGAGUGAUCGCGCUUCAGGAAGCCGUUGAUUCGAUGGCGGGAUCGAUGGAGACGGGAAACGGAGAGGACGGGGUAACUCUAGGAACUCCAGAUCGAGAAUCCAUGGCUACGGAUGCUAUUCAUGAAGGAUCUGAGGGUUUGGAGGUUGGUCCAAUGGAGGAAGCCCCUGAAAUCAACGACAUCACUGAGAUGAAGCAAGGAGAGGAGCCUGAAAUCCUAGGAGAAGGUGAUCUCAAAGAAGAAACCACGAACGCCAACUCGAAUCUCACCGAAGAAACUUCUGGAAUCAAAGAUAUCAGCGAAGAACCAUUGAAGGACAUGUCAAGCCCAGAGCUAGAGGAGAAAACUACAGAGAUCGGUGAUAUCACCGAGGAUCGAUUGGUUGAAACCAUAGAAACAACGGAAUCGGCUCGACAGGGCGGUGAAGGAUGUGAGGGAACUCCUGAAGUCGAAGACAUCGCUGAGAUGAAGCAAGGAGGGGAACAGGAAAUCCUAGAAGAACGCCAUCUCAAAGAAGGAUCAACGAACACCAACUCGAACCCUAUAGAAAAUGCUUCUGGAAUCAAAGAUCUCAGCGGAGAAUCAAUGGAGGAAACCCGAACACCAGAGCCAGAGGAGAAAGCCACAGAAAUCCGUGAUAUCACCGAGGAUCCGAUUGAUAAAACUAUAGAAACAGUGAAAUCGGCUCAAAAGGCCGAAAUCAACAAUUGCUGCUGGGAAACCUUUGAAGCAAGUGGAACGAUGGAGGAGAAGACCAGAAGCUCGGGAUUGGAAGGUGAGGCGAUGAAGGAGGUGAUGGACAGGGUUGCAGCGGAGAGCGAGAAGUUGAGGGAGCUGGUGGCGAAGCUCUGCGAGCGAAGCGCGCAGCAGUGCAUGAUGAUGGGCGGGCUAGCUCAGCGCGUCGAGAACCUCGAGCGCACCGUGCAGCGCAUGGAAGCAGCCCGCAAGAAGAAGAAGAUGAAGCAUCGGUGUUGAUAUAUAUAGGGAGAAUCCUUUUGGCUCACGACAGCCGUUGGAUGUCUUUAGGAUCCAUCAGACGGUGUAUUUUUGAGCAUUUUCCUGUAUUCUUUACUUCUGUUUUUUCCCUGCAUUUGGCUGUGAAAGCUCUUUUCCAUGUUCAAAUAAAUUUGUGAUUUUUAAAA